AUGGCUUGGUUCGUUGUGCAGAUCAUUGGGAUUAUUUGUGGAGGUAUUGGCAUGGUACUUACUUGGAUUAUUUCUUUUAUACCUCAGUGGAGAGUUACCAUCCUAGCAGAAAACAAUGGACUAUUAAACAGUCGUAUUGAUGGACAGUGGAUUAGUCGGUGGGAUGGACUAUGGGUAACCUGCAUCAAUCAAGCCGGCAUUUCUCUCAUAUGUAACAAUUAUGAGUCUCCAGGUUCAGUUACAACAGACUUCAAGGCUGGAAGAGUUCUAAUUGGUUUUGCUAUUGCAAUGUCAGUUAUUGCAUUUUUAUCAUCACUUGUUGGUGUGCUGUUUGAUCGUUGCCAUGAAGAAAGUAGACCAGGAAAACACUGUUUGCUUUUAACUGCAGGAAUUUUGUAUAUUUUGACUGUUGUUCUUAUCUUAAUUCCAGUGAGCUGGAUAAUGAGCAACAUUCUACAAGGGGUCUACGGUGAGUCAUUAUGCAGAGGAGCAAUGAGGAUAGAGAUAGGAGAGGCCAUCUUUAUUGCAUGGCCUACUAUGUUGUUCCUUCUAAUUGGAGGGAUAAUAUUGAGCUGGCACUGUUCUUGUAGACACAAGAAAGAAACCUGUGAAUAUAUACCCCCUCGAGACCAGGAGAUGGUGUGCCGUGAUAACUAUGGAAGCCCUAGGGUUGAGUACAUUUAG